AUGGUUUUGCUUCCUCCUCACGCUGGCCAUGGGCACAACAGCAGCAGCAGCAGCAGCAGCAGCAACAGCAGCAGCAGCAGCAGCAGCAAGUGUGAUAAGGGCAUCGUUGAGUGCUCUAGCGGCUACAGGGAUAAACAGAAGAUAGCAGCAGCAGCAGCAGCAGGUGCAACGGCCACGAAAGAUAUUGCUGCAGAUCGAGCAGCUGCAGCAGCAAGAGCAGAUGAAGCAGCAGCAGCAGCAGCAGCACAGAUACCAGCAGCAUCAGCAACAGCACCAGCAGCAGCCACAACAGCAGCAGCAGCAGCAGCAGAAAGACGGCUGCUAAACGCUGGCAUGCAGGCUUUGGGCCUCUGUAUUAAAGCAGGAGACAUCGCAGCAGCACUGCAGCAGCUGCAGCAGCUGCUGCAGCUGCUGCCACAACUUAAAGGGCCAGCAGCAGCAGAUUCAGCAACAGCAGAAGAUUCAGCAGCUGCAGCACCAGAUUCAGCAGCAGCUACAGCAGAUUCAGCAGCAGCAGCUGCUGCUGCUGGGGGGGGUCAGACAACCGCAGGAGCAACAGCAGCAGCAGCAGCAGCAGGAGUUCUUGGAGCUGCUAGCGGCGUGCUUAACCUUGCUGCUAGGCAGCAAGAUGCUGCUGCAGCGCAGCAAGUGCUGCUGCUGCUGCAGCAGCACCGGCUGCUGCUGCCUAUACACCCGGACGUGGCUUCUUCUUUUGUUGCUGCUGCAGGCGCAACUGGGAAUGCAGCAGCAGCAGGAGCGAUGCUGGCAUUGCUGCAGCAGCAGCAGCAGGAAGUGCAGCAGCGAGCUGUUGCUGCUGCUGCAGAGCAGCUGCUGCUGAAGCAGCAGCUGGGUUGGAGAGCCUUUAGGGAGUCUGGGUUGCUGCUGCUGCUGCAGCGCCGCAGAUGUCUCCCCUCACAAGAGAUAAUCUUAAAGCUGCUGCUGAACGAAGUGCUGCUCACUGCUGCUGCGCUGCAGCAGCAACAACAGCAGCAGCAACAGCUGCAGCAGCAGCAACAACAGCAGCUGCAGCAGGAGCAGCAGACAGCAGAGGAUUUAGAGCGGCUGCGAGUUGAGGGGCUUUUAGCAGCAACUGCUGCUGAGAUGCAGCUGCUGCAGCAGCUGCAGCAAUCCGUCAAGGAGUCGAUGCUGCUGCUGCAGCAGGCAGCGGAAGUGCAGCCACCCCUAUCGCUGGAAGCAGCAGCAGCAGCAGCAGCAGCACUGCAGCAAACAUGUUUGCCGCUGCUGCACUUGGCGCCCUGCAGCGCAGCAGCAGCGCGGCCUCUACCCGGCUCCCCCGCAGCAGCAGCAGCAGCAGCAGCAGCACCUCCUGCUGCUGCUGCUGCUGCUGCAGCAAGGACCUGCAUGCACUGCAGCAGCAAACUGGGGUGUGUAGGUUUGGGGCUGAGGGAAAGGCGGCUGCUGCGGCUGGGGGUUCUGAGGCUUGCUGCUGCAGCAGGACAUAGACAGCUGCGGCGUUUGCUGCACUUCGAGUUGCUGCUGCAGCAGCAGCAGCAGCAGCAGCAACAGCAGCAGCAGCAGCAGCAACAAGGCGGGGGGUUUACUGUUAUUUUAGAUGCAGCUAAUAUCGCAUACAAUCGACAGAACAAAGCAACUGGCAAAUUCUGCUACGCUCAAGUGGAGCGUCUUCGGCAGGCGUUGGUAGCGAGAGGAGAAAGGCCUUUGAUAAUUAUCCCUGGUGUUUAUUUCUGGGGUUUGAAGCAAAAGCAGCGUGUUGCUGCUGCUGCUGCUCCUGCUCCUGCUGCUGCUGCUGCGUCCGCAUGGAGGCGGGGAAGGCAGCAGCUGCAGCACGGCAGCAGCAGCAGCAGCGACUCCUACAAUAGCAGCAGCAGCAGCAACAACAACAACAAUGUCCUGUGUGAGCUGGGGCUAUGCCCUAAGUGCAGCGACGAAAUGCAGGUGCCGAACCAGAGCAAGCGAUGCAGCAGCAGCAACAGCAGCAGCAGCAGCAGCAACAGCAGCAGCAGCAGCAGCAGGGGAAAGAAGACGCAGAAACUAACAUGCCAAGACAGGGCCCUGCUGCAGCAAUGGCAGCAGCAACGCUGUUUAUUUGUCUGCGGCUCUGGGGCACAUGAUGAUCACUACCAUCUACUUGCAACCCUAGCGGGGCCCCUCAGCAGCAGUAGCAGCAGCAGCAGCAGCAGCAGCAAUAGCAGCAGCAGCAAUAGCAGCAGCAGCAAUAGCAGCAGCAAAGGAGAGGAGGGCGCCCUACAACAGCACCUGCUGCUGCCACCGCCACCAUCUCUUGACCAAAUCCUCGCGCCGCUGCAGCAGCAGCUCCGGCAGCAACAGCAGCAGCAGCAGCAGCAGCAGCAGCAAGAGACAGCACUGCCGCCAGUAGUUGCAGUAUUGAGACGCCACCUUUUGGGCCCCCCCUUAUCGGAUCAGCAGCUGCUGCAGCAAAUUCUCUCCUUGCCAGAGCAGCAGCAGCAGCAGGAGCAGCAGCAGGAACAGCAGCAGCAGGAACAGCAGCAGCAGGAACAGCAGCAGCAGGUAUGUUGUGGUUUGCCGAAUGCUUUGAACGAGGGGCCUUUAUCUGCUGGAGUCUUUCUCCCGAAGCAGCAGGAACAGCAGCAGCAGCAGCAGCAGCAGCAGCAGCAGCCCCACGAGCCUUCUCCUCUUCCUCUUCCUGAGCAGCAGCAGCAGCAGCAGCAGCAGCAGCAGCAGCAGCAGCAGCAGCAGCAGGAAGAAGGAGCAUAUUUACCGCUGCCGCUGCUAACCAAUGACAGAUUUAGAGACCAUCGAUUGGCGUCGCAGCUGCGGCUGCCGUUUAUGCACUGGCGGCAGCUAACUUUGCUUCCGUUUGCUUUUCAGCAGCAGCAGCAGCAGCAGCAGCAGCAGCAAGCAAUGCUGCAUCUAGGGGUUGCAAACAAUAGACUGGGGAUGAGAAGGGAUAAAGCCUUCUUCGGCUUUGAAGCUCACCAGCUGCUGCACCAGCAGCAGCAGCAACAGCAGCAGCAGCAACAGCAACGCGUCAAGGGACAACAAGGGAUGAAGCAGCAGCAGCAGCAGCACAAGCUGCAGCAACAGCAGCAAAACCAGCAGCAACAGGUACACCUCAGCAAAGGCCUAAACAGCUACUCAGUAGUGCAGAACUCCGAGGGGCUGCAGCAGCAGCAACAGCAACAGCAGCAGCAGCAGCAGCAGCAGCAGCAGCAAAUGACCGAGGGUAGGAAGGAGGCGCGGCUGCAGGAACAGCGCGAGCGCGGCUUCUUUGCGUGUGCACCUGCUGCUGUUGUUGCUGCUGCUGCUGCUGAGGCGCAGCAGCAGCAGCAGCCAGCAGCAUCUGGCUGGCCGUGGAUGCGGCACAUGGAGCAGCAGCAGCAGCAGCAGCAGCAGCAGGGGCUGCUGCAUUGGCAGCGAGGCAGCAGAGCCCUAGAGGAUAUCUUCGCUCCUCCUGGGGCCCCGCUGCUGUUUGUAGGCGAACGGAGGCUUGUUACUGCGCGCGUGCAGCAGCAGCAGCAACAGCAGCAGCAGCAGCAGCAGGAAGGAGAAGAGCCUCAUGAGGUCUGGCAUAUCCCUGUAGAAGGUCCCCGCGAAGCAGCAGCAACAGCAGCAGCAGCAGCAGCAGCAGCAGCGGCGGCAGCAGCUUCGGCAUCUAGUUUUUUCUCGUUGCAGCCUCAGCAGCAACAACAGCAGGAGCAGCAAGCAGCAGCAGCAGCACUAGCAGCAGCAGCAGCAGCAGCAGCAGCAGCAGCAGCAGCGCCGCCUUUGCACUGGAUGAAGGCAGUAGACAAUCCCUCAGCUUGGCAGCAGCAAGAAGCUCUCGAGGGAGACAAACGGUGGUUAGGCAUCAACACUAAGCCCAUCAAACAGCAAAUUGCUGCUGCUAAACGCAGGCUGCUGCUGCUGCUGCAGCAGCGGGAGCAGCAGCAGCAGCGGGAGCAGCAGCUGCAGCGGGAGCAGCAGCAGCAGGAAGAGUGGGAGCAGCAUUUGGAGCAGCACCAGGAGUAG